AUGUCUUUAAAAUUAAAAGUGAUUUUAGUAAUGGUGAUAGUAAGCGUGUUAAUAUUUAGUGUUGAUUCGAAAAAGAAGAGCAAAGUGAAGAAAAGUGGCAAGGGAAUGCUUUUAAGAGAAAAAGAGACGAAUCCUGUUAAUUUUAUAAGAUUGGCAGUUAUGAGAUUAAUCUAUGGAGUGGCAACGAGGGUAGGUUUUGGUGAACAGAUUUCGGAAGCCCUUAAUGGGGCAUUUGUUCCUCCGGGAGUCGAUGAAUACGAUGACUAUGGAGAGGAUGGACUUUUCGCCCGAGAAGAUUACAGCGACGAAGAUUAUGAUUAUUGAAAUUAACUAAUUAAUUAAUUACCGUUAGAAUUUUGUGAGAUUCUAGUCAUUUAGUUUGGUUUGGGUGGGACAUAAAAGUGGGGUUUUAGUUAUUUAUGCUGUAUAUAGUCUAUUUAUUAUAAAUUAUUUAUUACAAGUGCACAUAUAAAUAUAUUGUUUUUUCCUUAA